GCUGCGUGAGAGCGCUUCUACCUACAUACCAAUUCCAUAUUCGUUGAUACGGCUAUCUACGGAAAGAUUAUCUGAAACGGAAUAUAUGGAGUCUUACGGAAGAUAACGGAAAAAGUAAUCUGUUGGAGGAAUAUUAUUUAAGUCUUCAAGUAUUUGACACGGGCUUUUUAUGACACAAAAGGAUAAAAAAAUUUAGUCUUAAAAAUUGUGAAGUUACAAGUCUAAAAAGCAGAUUUUAGAAACGAUCAACAUGAUUCCUAAACAUUUCAUUCAUAAAAAUAAUUUAUCUGAGCACCAGAAAACAGAAGAAUCUCAAUAUUCCUGCCCAAUAUUUUGUCAACAAUUAACUAAUCAAAUUCAAAAUUUUAAUUCCAAUGACCUUACAUAUUUUUUAAACUCAACUAAAUCUAAGAAUAUUUUGAUAAAAUAUCCGUACGAAGUUUUAGUAACAAUUGUAUCGAUAUUAAAUAGCACUACUGAAAGUAAAAAAACAACUUAUCAUUGUGCCAAAGCACUUCAUUUGUUGGCAAUUUGUUCAGAUCCAUCUGAAUUAAUAUUAUACUUGAUUGAACAAAUGGAUUUGAUACAGUCGCAUCAUAGUUUUCAUCUUCUUUUAACUGCUUUAGAAAUAUCAUUAUUAAGAAGCAAGAAGAUAUUAAAUGUCAUAGAUAUGGUCACAGAUAUAAUUAAAAAAUAUUUAAUGCAUUUGCCAGUAUUAAAUGAUGAAACAGAAAGUGUAAUAUAUGACAAUACUGUUGAAUGUGUCAUUGUGUCAUAUAUAAAUAUAUCAAAUUUUAUUGAUAGUUUAAUGAUGAAUUUGAUAUUUCAAAGCAACAGUGUGGUUGUACAAAAUAAAAUAGAGCAUUUGUUUUUGGAUUGUUUAGUUUCUAUGUUUGAUAAACCCAUUUGCUUUACAAAUUCUAAUCAAGAUCAUUAUGAAUUAAUAUUUUGUAAAAUUUUUAAAAAUAUAUUUCUUAUAAAAUUUGAUAUUAUUAACUAUUUUUCUUUUUUUAAUUAUAACACUUCAUGUGUAUACAAUAAAUUCCAUUGGUUGAAUAGUGGCACAACAAAUUCAUUCUUGAAUAUAAGUACUUUAUCUAUAUGUAAUUUUUUAUGGAUAGGUUUGUAUACAAAAACCAUAAAUAUCAUCCAGGUAUAUAAUCCUCAUUAUGUUGCAUAUAUUUCUAUAUUUAUAUCAAAUUAUUUUAUAUCUUUAAAAAAAUGUACAAAUAUUGUAAUAUUUAAAUCAUUGGACAUUGUCGAUUAUGCCUUAAAUAUUCUAAAAAACUAUUUAAUUCCAUUUGAGGCUCUUGAUUUAUCAAUUCAUAAAGAACUAAUACAGAAUCUAACAAAAAUAAUAAUCCAUAAUAAUUCAGUCAAAAUUCAAAAAAAUGCAAUAAAAUUAUUGAUUCGAUACAUUGAUUUUUUUGAUAAUAAAGCUAAAUUUAUGAUUAUUAAAAACCUUAUUAAUUCAAAAGAGAAUUCCAAAAUUAUCAGCAUUGUAAUUAUAAUUCUUAAAAAUAUUCUGGAUAAAAUACUAAUAAAAAGUGAACAAAAAAUUGAUGGCAAUCAAUAUUUUUUAAAUGAAAAUUUAGAAAUAUUAAUUUAUAAAAUUUGUUUUCUAAGAAAUAAAGCAGAAAUUGAUUUAUUAGAAAUGUCUGAUGAAUUAAUAACAAUACUUAAUUUCAUUAUUUUCUUAAUAAUAAGAUCUAGAAAUUUCAGUGGAAUGGAAAAUUAUUUAAAAUAUAUUAAAUACAACUUUUUACAAACCAUAGAAGAUAUUCUACCAUUAGAAAAGAAUAUAUGGAUUUCAAAGCUUGAUAAUUUGGAAAAAAGUAAAAAUAUCGAAAAUUAUAAUAAUGACAAGUUAGGCUCUGAUACUGAGCUUCCAUUUAUACCUUUCGAAUAAAAAAUACAAUCGUGCAAUGAAGCAAUUAAUAAAUUAUUAUUAAUUGAAAUUUUUUUUUUAUAUUUACGGUAAAUAAAAUUGUUUGAUGAGAAUGUUUAAUCAUUAUUUAAUGUAACUUAAUUUAUGCAACUUCGAUUACUAUGUGUAUCUCGCAAAUAAACAAAAUAUAAAAAGUGGACUUGUUUUGACUACCACAGUAUGGGUAGUAGUACUACCUUAAGAACUAUAUUCAGUAGUCCUAAAAAUUUAGUAAAAUGCUUGUUUUUAAUCAGAACUAAAGAAUUAAUAAUAACUUCCUAUUAAUAAACAUUAUUUGCUGAUGCAUGAACUGGAACAGAAAAAAUUAUUUUUUGAUCAUAUAGAUAUUACAUAAUUUCUACAGUUCAAAUUACUUAUACUCUAAAAUACUUUGAAAUUGAUAAAAUCAGUGGCCACAUAGAUGCUACCAUGGAAAAUAGAGGCUUGUACUACAGCAAUUAUUUAUUUUUAAUAAUUUAUCAAAAAGAAUUUCUUAGGUAUUAGCCUCUUUUUUUCUAUAUUGCCAUUUAUUCUAUAAUGGGGUCACUGAUUUUAUGAAUUUCAAAGUAUUUAAAAGUCUAAGUCAUUUUAACUAUAAAUAUCAUAUAAUUUUUUUGAAUGGAAAAUAACGUUAUUAUCUGUUCCAAAUCAUGAUUAUGAAAUAACAUCAUUUGAUAUAAUUUCAUAAUAUUGUAUUGCUAGAUUUUAUUUUUCAUAGUUUAGAAGUAUAGUAUAUUCAAAUGUAGCAAUUUUUUUUUAAAAAUCAUAAAUAUCUGUACUUUGCCCUGCUAAAAAAGUCAAUAUAGAUCGAUUAAAUUAUCAAUAAAUUCUAUGCUAAUUCUGUAUCCCAUUUUUUCUAUAAGGACUCAAUCAAAAUUGAUUAGAAUCAGCAGGAGUCAAUAAAGAUUAACAUGAAAAACAACAAUUGAAAUCAAUGGUUAAUACCAAAUGUUAGUUUCUAUUAACUUUUCUAAUCCUUUUUUGUAUAGAACUUUAUUGAUUCCUAUCAAUUCUAUCGAUUUUAAUCAGUUUCUUAUGCAAAAAAUGGAAUUCAGAUACAGCUCAGAAUUAAAUUAAUAAUUUAAUCAAUCUCUAUUGACUUUAUUUUUAACUUAAUUAAAUUAUUUUUAACAGGGUGCGUAAGUUUCAAUUGCCUUAAGCUUUAAAUGAAAGCAAAUCAAGUACGUAUAUUUUGUGAUAAGAUAUAAAAUGACUUCCUUAUAGCAAAAUUUCAUGUAUAUUUGCAAGUCAAAAUUGAUUGUAGAUUCAAUAACACAAGAGAUCAGCUUUUAAUGAAACGUGACAUACUUCAUUAAUGCUACCAUCCAAAUGUCACAUCAGAAAAUAGGUGCACUAAAGUACUCUAUACAGGUAAUUUUUGAUCCCCCUUUUUUUUUGCAUUUUACGUAUACAUUUUUUUUAUUCCCUAUUGAAAAAUUUCACGUCAGAUCUCAGGUGAGAUCUCACGCCAAAGUCUUAUCUAAUCAUUUUUUUCCGUUCUUCACGCGUUUCAAACCAUUCUUAAUCAAUUGAUGGCUUUUUUGAAAAAUUCGAACUUAGAAAAUUUUAAAAAAUUAGAUUUAAUUUUUUUAAGUCAAAAUUUGUGAUAAAUUUUAUAAGUUCGAAUUUUUCAAAAAAGCCACUAAUUGUCUAAAGAUGGGUUGAAACGCGUAAAAAACAAAAAAUUGGUUAGAUGAGAUUUGGGCAUGAGAUCUCACCUGAGAUCUGACAUGAGACUUUUCAACAGGGUUUCCAUUGCAGAAGCAAUACAUUUCCUUAAUGUGUGUUCAACUAUGCCAAUUUGUUACUUUUAAAUAGCCCAGUUUAAAUAUUUUAUUCAUGCAUGACUGAUAGAGAUUCGUAUGAAUGCAUGGCAAAAAGCAUAACCGAAUUUUGGUGCAGCAAACUACUUUAUUAAAGGAGUAUUUAUACUCUAAGUUGGUUUAUAGAAAUAAUCCAUCAUAAAUCUUUUGAAAAUUGAUACUAAAAUAUAGAAUUUGUACUUUUUAAAUGAUUUCUGUACUUUGAUUACAAAAUAAAGAAAUAA